GCAGUCCGUCAGUUUCUUCCUCUCCUCCUUCGCCUGCCAAAAAGGGGCUGGACCACAAUACAGGGAGAGAGAAAAAAAAACAUAUUUCAAAGCCAGCAUGAACAACAGUUUCCUAAACAUGGCGUCGAUAGGCGACUUCGACCCUCUCAACGCGACUAUUCCUGCCACCAAAGUUGAAAUCACAGUGUCCUGCAGAAACCUGCUGGACAGGGACACCUUCUCCAAAUCAGACCCAAUCUGCGUGCUCUACACACAAGGCAUCGGCAACAAGGAGUGGAGAGAGUUUGGGAGGACGGAGGUGAUUGACAACACAUUAAACCCAGACUUUGUGCGGAAAUUCAUUUUGGACUACUUCUUUGAGGAGCGGCAGAAUCUCCGAUUUGACCUGUACGAUGUUGACUCCAAGAGCGCCAACUUGUCAAAACAUGAUUUUCUGGGACAGGCCAGCUGUACUCUUGGGGAGGUGGUCGGAUCGUUGGGCAGUCGCAUGGAGAAACCUCUGGGGGGUAUUCCAGGGAAGAAAUGUGGGACCAUCAUUGUGAAAGCUGAGGAGCUGAGCAACUGCAGGGAAUCAGUGAUGAUGCAGUUCUGCGGGAACAAGCUGGACAAAAAGGAUUUCUUCGGCAAGUCCGACCCCUUCCUGGUCUUCUACAGGAGCAACGAGGACGGCACGUUUACCAUCUGUCACAAGACCGAGGUGGUGAAGAACACGUUGAACCCGGUGUGGCAGGCCUUCAAGAUCCCCGUCCGGGCUCUCUGCAACGGCGACUACGACAGAACGAUCAAGAUCGAGGUGUAUGACUGGGACAGAGAUGGCAGUCAUGAUUUCAUCGGGGAGUUCAGCACCAGCUACAGAGAGCUGUCCAGGGGGCAGAGCCAGUUCAAUGUCUAUGAGGUGGUAAAUCCAAAGAAGAAGGGGAAGAAGAAAAAAUACCUCAACUCUGGAACGGUAACGCUGCUGUCCUUCCUGGUGGACAUCGAAGUCACCUUCCUCGACUACAUUAAAGGAGGGACCCAGAUUAACUUCACCGUGGCCAUUGAUUUCACAGCUUCAAACGGUAACCCAGCCCAGCCCACCUCUCUCCACUACAUGAGCCCUUACCAGCUGAAUGCCUACGCCAUGGCCCUGAAGGCAGUGGGCGAGAUCAUCCAGGACUACGACAGCGACAAGAUGUUCCCCGCCCUCGGCUUCGGAGCCAAGCUGCCGCCCGACGGACGGGUGUCCCACGAGUUUGCCUUGAACGGGAACCCCCAAAAUCCGUACUGUGCAGGGAUCGAAGGUGUGAUGGAAGCCUACUACCAGAGUCUGAAGUCAGUUCAUCUCUAUGGACCCACCAACUUCUCCCCUGUCAUCAACCAUGUGGCCAGGUACGCGGCCUCGGUGAAGGAUGGCUCCCAGUACUUUGUGCUCCUCAUCAUCACGGACGGCGUCAUCUCAGACAUGGCCCAGACCAAGGAGUCCAUCGUCAACGCCUCCUGUCUGCCGAUGUCCAUCAUCAUUGUUGGGGUUGGACCUGCAGAAUUUGACGCCAUGGUCGAGCUGGAUGGCGAUGAAGUCAGAAUCUCAUCCAGAGGAAGAUACGCUGAGAGGGACAUCGUUCAGUUCGUCCCAUUCAGGGACUACAUCGACAGGACGGGGAACCACAUCCUGAGCAUGGCCCGGCUGGCCAAAGACGUCCUGGCUGAGAUCCCCGAUCAGUUCCUCUCCUACAUGCGGACCCGCGGGAUCAAGCCGUCACCGGCGCCGCCUCCCUACACGCCGCCGGGACAGCCUCUCCAAACCCAGAUCUGAGGAGGAGGAGGGGCGGGGUGUGUGUGGAGUUUGCUGCAUUGACUGUAUGCGCGUAAUACUUCCAGUUUCUUUAAAGCCGCUCUCCUGGUCGUGUUCUCAUGGAUCAUGGCGGUCUUGAAGAGGCCGCUCUCUCUCUCGUCUCGUUCAGGAAGCCCCCGCCGGCGGACCAGAAGAGUGGCGCUUUUGAGGACGGGGGGGAAAAGCCAACGAGAGCCUGUUUACUUCCAGUGUCAAGCGUUCCUGCUACUGUCUGGAUUUUUUUCUUUUUCUUUCUUUUUUUUUUUUUUUUUUUUUGUUAUUGGCUUGGGAAUAUUGGACAGAUUUUGAGAAGGAGCCCAGGAAUCUGAGCCUGAUCGACCUGAUCCACCGAAGGAAGAAAGGAAGGAAGGAUUGAAGGAAAGAAGGAA